AUGAAUGUGAGCAGAGACAAGGUCGGUGACAUCUCCAUCCCGGCAGCCGCGGCGGUGACAGCCCCCGCUGGCAUCGGGGACGGCAUGGACACCCACGGGGAGCCUCGGCUCUCUGCCCCCGGCGAGCUGCCGCUCUUCUCCUGCCCUGGAAACAGGGACAGGCAAGGGGACAACCAGAGCAACACCCCCGGACAAGAGGGGGCAGUGGCCGCGCUGCCCAUGGUGCACAGAACCACCUCCUUCUCCGUGCUCGACAUCCUGGACCCUAACAAAUUCAACAGCAAAAGGAGGCACUGCGCCGUCUUGUACAAAUCGGUGGGGACCGAGUUCACGCUGGGGGCGGAGGAUAAGCCCGAGGACUCAGGGACGGAGCUGGCAGAGCAAAAGGCUCUCGACGAAGAUUUCGACACGUGCAAGAAGUCUGGAGAGCUGAUCAAGGACGGCGAGCUCUACAAGGGCGAGGAGUGCGACUUGGAUUACCGCAGCCCCGACAGCGAACCCGCCGAGGACGAGGAGUUGUGCGGCGAGGAGAGCAGCGGCAGCAGCAGCGGCAGCAGCGGCUCCGCAGCGCCCGGAGAAGCCGCCCCGGGUCACGCACACGUGGAAGCGGGCGGUGUCGCUCCCCCCCCGCCGCCGCCGCCGCCCCCCCCGCAGCAGCAGCCGCCGGCCGGUCCCGGCUCGGGGCCGCAGGGCCAGCAAGCCAAGCCGAAAAGAAAGCGAACGGGCUCGGACUCGAAGUCGGGGAAGCCCCGGAGGGCUCGGACAGCUUUCACCUACGAGCAGCUGGUGGCGCUGGAGAACAAGUUCAAGUCCACGCGGUACCUGUCGGUGUGCGAGCGCCUCAACCUGGCGCUGUCGCUCAGCCUCACCGAGACGCAGGUCAAGAUCUGGUUCCAGAACCGCCGCACCAAGUGGAAGAAGCAGAACCCGGGCGCCGACACCAGCGCUCCCACGGGCGGCGGCGGCGGCGGCGGCGGCGGGGCCGGGGGGGCCCUGCCGGGGGGGCUCAGCCCGCUCAGCCACUCGCCGCCCAUGGGGAACCCGCUGUCCAUGCACGGCCCCGGCAGCUACGCCGGGCACCCCGCGGGCGGGCUGGUGUGCGCGGCCCAGCUGCCCUUCCUGCCCAGCCCCGCCGUGCUCUCGCCCUUCGUGCUGGGCUCGCAGACUUACGGCGCUCCGGCUUUCUACACCCCGCACCUAUAA